GAGGCUUACUUAUCAAAUGUCUGUCGGACCUGAUCAGACAGUGCGGAUCAGGUCCGACAGACAUCGCUGAAUGCGGAGAGCAAUACGCUCUCUGUAUUCAGCAUUGCACCAGCAGCUCUUGUGAGCUGCUGGUGCAACGCCGCCCCCUGCAGACUCGCGGCCAAUCGGCCGCCAGCAGGCGGUGUCAAUCAACCCGAUCAUACUCGAUUGAGUUGAAUUGUGGCGAUGUCUGUCCGCCUCAUCAGAGCAGGCGGCAGGGUUAUGGAGCAGCCAUCUUUAGACCGCGGCUUCAUAACUGCUGUUUCUGGCGAGUCACAGGCCCUCAAGCUCCAUUCAGAGCUUGAUAAAUGGGCCUCUUUAUGUGCAUUUUCACAUUGCGAUACGUUUACUUUUACAACAUAGUAUGACAAUGCUUUGAACAUCGCACUCAUUGCCGUUUUGAGGCAGAGAGGUUUCCUUCAGCGGUUUUAUACUCUGGUGUGUUCAUUGUACUACCUACAACGCUACAUUGUGCAAUAAUUCAUUAUAAUAGACAUAAUUACCAAUUAAUUAUACCUGUAAUUUAAUGUUUUUAUGAACACCUGUUUUCUGAAAGACAAAGGGCCGCAAUAUCACGCUUACGCAAGCGUGAUAUUUGUGUGUUCCACUCAGCAAUAUCAUUGCACAUAAAUGUGCGCUGGUAUUACAAUUGCAGCGGUAUGAAAACUUGACCUUGACUUUGCAUUGCCAAAAGCCAAGCGCUCACAAAAGCGCGCUUCCAUAGGCUCCAAUGGCAGCCAUGGCAAACUACCUAGCGCAGAGCAGGGGGCAAAUCAUGCAGCGUUGGGCAGCAAUAAAUAAAUAUAUAUGUAUAUGCAUAUACAUAUACUUAUAGAGAAAACACAGGCCCUACAUUCCCUCACUUUAACCCCUUAUAACUGCUUUGUGCAGUUUGGUUUUUUAAAUAAAAAUGCUCAUAUUUAUUGUACAUGUGAAUAUACUUUCCUUUUAUUUUGGGGGCAAUUUGGGCAUUUUUUUAUUUGUAACCGUAGGUCUGACCUCUGGUUAAUUGAAAUUAGCGCAAAGUGAAACGGCGAGCUCGCAAUCACAUUAAUCAGCUACUUGUAAUGGCUGGUUAUUUAACGUUCCCCUUUAUGUACUCAUGUUAAGAUAGCGCUCCACUUUUAAUCUAGUCCACAAUAAGUUUAUACAUUUCAUCUCAAAUUAUGACUAUUAAUAAAUGUGGUGACAAUACAUGGCUUCAUCAGUUUAUACAGUCACGAACAAAUUAUUAUUAGCUCAAAUAAUGACAAUUCUAUUUGAGGUUUAUAUAUGCAAACCCUGAACACUUCAUUCAUCACUCCUAUAAAUACUAAUAUUUAUUUGGUUUUGAAACUAAAUAUUCAUGUUGUUCGCACCCCCAUGGGGAAAUUACACCAAGAGCUUUCCAAGGGUAGAGGAAGUGAGAGACGAAAACAGGAAGGUUCGAGAGUUACAGCGCAAUGAACAGGUAGAGGAAGAGGCUACCCAGAUUUCAGGGAGGGGCAAGUGAUUGCUGAAUGUUUAUACCUAUUCCCUGUUUACAGAGACAAGCUUGGUUCCUCUGGUGUGCUGAUUUAUUAUUUCCAAACCUGUUCUCUGUCUUGUUUUGCAGUAAAGGGGCUAAUUCUGUGUGGACCCUUGGUCAGUCAAUGAGAAGGUCACAAUGGAUAAUGUGGAUCUGGAGAAAGGUUUUACCAUCGAUGAAAUGUUGGCAUUGUGCAUCCAAAGCUUUGAUUCAGAUGGAAAACUUGGAGAUCCUGAGCUGGUCAAGAUGUUUCUGAUGAUGCACCCAUGGUAUAUACCAUCUGGAGACCUUGCCAAGAAGCUCUCAAGUCUUUCAGAAGCUGGUGACAAUUUGGAACGCGAGAAGAUCUGUCAUCUUGUGAAAUUUUGGAUUUCCGAGUACCCCGCUGAGUUUGAUUUGAAUCCGGAACUUGGGGAGCAAAUCCGUGGCCUGAAGAGAAGCCUAGAAAACACCGGAAACAGAAGAGAGAGCAGUUUGAUAGACAUCGAGAGUGUUCCGUCAUAUGGUUGGAAACGGCAGCUGACCCAACGGGCGGCCUCUGGUGGCAGAGUUCGCAAGACCUCCCUACUGUUUGAUCACUUAGACCCAGUUGAGUUGGCCGAACAUUUAACACAUCUGGAAUUCCACUCCUUCUCCAAGAUCCUGUUUCAAGAUUAUCACAGUUUUGUCCUUCACGGUUGCACAGUGGGGAAUCCGGUUUUAGAGAGGUUCAUAGCUCUGUUCAAUGGGGUUUCACAGUGGAUCCAGCUCAUGGUACUGAGCAAACAUACCCCCCAGCAACGGGCAGCAGUUAUCAAGCAGUUUGUGCAUGUCGCAGAGAGAUUGCUACAACUACAGAACUUCAACACGCUCAUGUCAGUGAUUGGGGGUCUCAGUCACAGUUCCAUUUCACGCUUAAAAGAAACUAACUCUCACAUCAGCCCAGAGACCACCAAGGUUUUCGAUUCCCUUUUGGAGCUUCUUACAUCAUCAGAUAACUACUCAAGAUACAGAAGACGGUUUGCUUGUUGUAAAGGUUUUCGCUUUCCAGCUCUGGGCGUUCACCUUAAAGACCUUAUGGCUUUGCAUGUAGCGCAUCCUGAUUGGGCAGACAAGGCUAGAGGCGCAAUCAAUAUUUCUAAAAUGCGUCAGGUUUACAAGGUCGUACAUGAGCUCACAGAAACCCAGAGACUCGAGCCACCCAUGAGAGCCAACUCUGACUUGCUCAACUUGUUGACGGUUUCCCUUGACCAGUAUCGUUCAGAGGAAGAAAUUUAUCAGCUAUCUCUACAAAGAGAACCGAGAGCUCGCUCCUCGCAAUCCAAUAUCCAAACGUCUCCACCACCAACACCCCCAUUGGAAGAGUGGGCAAAUCUGAAAGCGAAACCAGACCAAGCCUUGCUGUGCCAGCAUAUCGAGAAGAUGGUUGAGUCCGUGUUCAGGUUGUUUGAUGAAGAUGGCGAUGGAAACAUCUCCCAUGAAGAAUUUCACACCGUCCGAAGCAACUUUCCCUACCUCUGCGCCUUCGAUGAGAUAGACCAGAACCAAGAUGGGAAAAUAAGUAAACAGGAAAUGACCACAUAUUUCCUAAGAGCUAGCUCCGUGUUGGAUUGUAAAAUGGGAUUUAUCCAUAAUUUUUCAGAGAGAACUUUCCUUCGGCCUGUGUCGUGUCAUCACUGCCGGAACCUGAUACUUGGAAUUUAUAAGAAGGGUCUUAAAUGUCGAGCUUGUGGGGUCACCUGCCACAAACAUUGCAAAGACCGACUUUCUGUAGAGUGCAAGAAAAGGUCCAAGAGUGUCUGUGAUAGAGGAGAAACCACACAGCCAGGGAGGAACUUCUCUUUCAGUCUCCCAAGGUCAUUUAAGAGAACAGCAAUUCAGCCAGCUCUAAAAGAGGAAGACGACGAUGGUGUAUUUGAUGAUCGCUUAUAACCCAUAGCACUGCUUCUCUUUUGUCUAGAAAUGAAUCAUGAAGACACUUUAAUAGGAGAUAUUCCUAUGUCAGUAAGAGACACUCACAACUUUGCAGUCUUCUUACAUCACUGUGGUCUACAGGGCACCUUCACCUUACCUGAGAGAUUCUUCAUACAAGGGACACUGCAAACUCAGCGGUUAGAGAUGUCACUUUACAGUAUGUGCGUUUUAUGGACUGUUACAUGACUUGCCUAGACAUCUCUCACCAACAAGUUCUCUUUGUAUUUUUCUCAAUGUUUAUAAAAACAAAUAUAAAUAACUAUAAAGACCA